AUGGAUUCUCUUGCUGCAAGAGUUUAUCUCGAAAUCAAUGACAAGAAGAGAAGUGACAAUGUGGCAGACCAUUUGAGCCAUUUAGUGAGGGAUGCCAAGCCCUUUUCCAUUCAAGAGAGUUUUCCGAAUGAGUUACUCUUUCGAGUUGAGUUAGUCUAUGGCAAGGCGUGCCAUAUUCUUGUGGAGCCUGAACAUCGUGCAUGGUGGGCUGUGAAUAACUUCAACAUGGACAUUGAUGAGGCCGGAGAGCAUACGAAGUUGCAAUUGCAUGAGAUGGAGAUUCGAAAUGAGGCCUAUGACUCGGCUAUGAUUUACAAAGAGAAGACCAAGGAGUUCAAUGACCGUAUGAUAAGGAAGAAACACUUUGUCAUUGGACAUACAGCUCUUUUGUUUAAUUCUCAACUUAGGUUGUUUCCGUGCAAGCUCCACUCUAGGUGGCUUCGCCCGUUUGUUGUUACUAAUAUCUUUCCUUAUGGUGCUAUUCAGAUCAAUGGAACCAAAUUUCAGUUCAACAGACAUCGCUUGAAGCCGUACUAUGAGAACUUUGCAGAGCAUAAUAUGGAGGAGACUUCUCUCCUUGAACGUACGGUAAGCAAGUGA